AUGACGCUCAAGGCGGGCGAGGUCCGAGCGUACCUGCUCGCCAACGGCGUCACGAAAGCUCAGUACGACAAGGCGGAGGGGAGGGGCCUCUCGGGCUUGCAAGAGCUGGCGGAAUCGGUGAACUGCACGCUCAAGGACGAGGAGACGGUGCGCAUGGCUGUCGCGGCGGCCAGCGCAGAGAAGAAGGCGACGACUUCGGAAGCGGCCCUCACGCCGCUCACGGCGGAAGAGCGGAAACGCUUCGCAGCCGCGUUCGAGCACUUCGACAAGGACAAAUCUGGGGAGCUUGACGUCAAGGAGUUUCGAAGCGCGAUGCUCGACAGCGGGAUGUGUCCUUACCCGUACGAGCAGGAGGAGCUUUUCAAGACGGCGGACAUGGACGGCUCGGGCACCAUCACCUUUGAGGAGUACUGCCACUUCAUCCAAGUCUACCGCGCAAAGCAGAGCUGGUGGGAGCGCAUGAUGGAGUCGAUGACGGACAAAUUCAUGCCCAAGCCCUCGUACCUCACCAAGACAGCGGCCAGCGCCGCGGAGCUGCAUUAA